AUGGAUACAGAGAAGAAACAAGAACUUUCGAAAGAGCAAAGUCUCUCUGAAGGUGCUAUGGUACCCCAUGAUGAGACACAUCCUAGUUCGAAUAUAGCCGUCAUUCACGAUGCCAUAGAAAAUAUCGGCAUGGGUCGAUACCAGUGGGGAUUGACACUCUCCUGCGGCUUCGGAUUCAUUGCAGAUCAAAUGCUCCUCGUCACAAUAAGCCUUAUCAUGCCGCAGGCAUCCAAGGAAUUCGCACCCUUACAUGCAACACUUCUAUCUGCCACUCAGUAUGCUGGCUUAUUGGUGGGGGCCUUGGUAUUUGGGUUCGGGGCCGAUAUUAUCGGCCGCCGCAUAGCGUGGCAGGCUUCGAUUUUUGGGGUGUCUAUUUUCACGACGAUCUGUGGCGCCUCGCCUAAUUGGGCAGCAUUGAAUGUAUUCGUUGCCCUGGCAGGCUUCUUUGGUGGAGGCAACUUGGCCAUAGAUCUGACGGUUCUUGCCGAGUCUUUACCCCGCAAAUGGGGAUUUCUUCUAAGCGCCUUAGCUUCUUGGCCACUCGUGGCGAACUUCUGUUGCCCAGAUGGCGCUACGCCCGCUACAUACCCUAUAUAUACUGUCUUCCUGACAUACUAUCUCGAGGCUCAUGGAGCCAAACUAGGCACAGGAGGCAUUUAUCAGACCUACCGCGACUGGUCCGUGUCCUCGGCUGUUGGAAUUUUCGGCCCUGUUUUCAGCGCUGUCCUCAUUCAGACGAGUUUCCUUGGACGUCGUCGCACUAUCUGCAUUACGGCAUUUGCUUGCGCAAUAUUCGCCGGAGCCUUUACAACUGUGAGGAAUGAGUCCCAGAAUUUGGCCUUCUCUUGCAUGAUAAACUUCUGGUUGAAUGCCUUGUAUGGAGUGAUCUAUGGGUGA